AGGCGCCCUAGUGACUAGCGCAUUGUAUUCAUCUACCUAGCUGAGUUUUGGUCGUUUCGUCUCAAAUUCUGACUUUUACUUAGACCAACAAUGUCUGAAAGAAAAGUCUUAAAUAAAUACUAUCCUCCGGAUUUUGAUCCAUCAAAAAUCCCCAAGCUUAAACUCCCCAAAGAUCGACAAUAUGUGGUCAGAUUGAUGGCGCCAUUUAAUAUGAGGUGUAAAACAUGUGGUGAGUACAUCUACAAGGGGAAGAAGUUCAACGCCCGUAAGGAAACGGUUCAGAAUGAGCUGUACAUGGGGCUUCCCAUCUUCCGCUUCUACAUCAAGUGUACUCGAUGUCUUGCUGAGAUUACCUUUAAGACAGACCCAGAGAACACAGACUAUGCCAUGGAACAUGGCGCCACACGGAACUUCCAGGCUGAAAAACUAAUUGAGGAAGAGGAGAAGAAAAUUCAAAGGGAGAGAGAGGAGGAGGAACUGAACAACCCCAUGAAGGUGUUGGAGAACCGAACUCGUGAUUCCAAGAUGGAGAUGGAGGUUCUGGAGAACCUCCAGGAGCUGAGAGAGCUGAACCAGAGGCAAGCUCAGGUGGACUUCGAGGGAAUGAUCCACCAGUACAGAGAGAUGGAGAAGAGAGAGAGGGAAAGGGAAAAAGAAGACGAUGAGCGGGAGACAAAAGAGAUGCUGGAGCGUGCUCAAGUGAAAAGGCUUAGGGACUCCGACUCUGAUUCAGACCAGGAGGAGACGAACAGCAACACAAAGCCAUGUAGUUCUAGCAUGGACAGACCUACAGACAUCCUCACCACUGACAAACCUACAGACACACAGGGUUCCACCAAUGGUGGAGUGAAGAGGGCCAAGGUGGAGAGCUGGGAGAAGAGUGUGGGUACGUUGGGAGGUCGAGGGUCUCUUGGAUCCCUGGUGGUGAGGAAAAAAGUGGCGGCUGUCAGCAAACCAGUUCCAGGAGCGCCCCCUGCUGCUUCUUGUUCACAGACAGAAUCUAAAGUGGAAACAAGUGAUUCUACCAACACUACCAAACCCAUCACCGUGCAAAAUGGCUCAUCUCUCAGCCUAUUAGGGGCAUAUUCAGACAGUGACAGCAAUGAGAGUGACUGAGAUGAACUGGCUGCUGAUGCUUUGAUGAAGCUAAAUGGCUGCUUGUAGAUUCGAGCACUUGACAGAGAAUUGUGUAUAUUAUUUCGGAGUGAAUUUGCAUGAUAUGGUCCAUUGUCACUGUAUUAAGCAGCUAUCAAGAUGUGCAAAUCAUUUUUGUGGGUUGCGCUUAAAACUUCUCUACCAAGGUGCAGCAAAUGAGUGGCUGAGUGAAUGAUAACAUGACUGAUAACAAACCGUUAUGUUGGUGGACACUUAUUCGGUAUUAGCCGCCUUGUCUUUUACAUGUACAUUGUUAUAAUUACUGGUUUUCACCCAGAUCUGGUAUUUUAAUCCCCCUCUUAACUUUAUGGGCCAGCAGUAACUGAAAAGUUAACCCAGAGAAAUGAUUACUGUAUUUUUGUGAUGCAGCUGUGUUCUAUCAAACAUUACAGUUGUAUAUUUCACAUUUAAAAUAAAAUGUGUCUACAUUUAGCUCCUUAUAGUUCAUGAACUGCAUUAUUCAGACUUUGUUCAAAUGUUUUGUUUCCUUGAAUACUGAUGUGGCAUCAGAAUACUUUGCUUUCAUAUUUAUUUGAAGUCCGAUUCCAUAGGGGACUCGUUGGUGCUGUUAAUUUCUUCAGAUCACAAAAGACAUCAAAUAAAAAGUAAACGUCAAAACAUUAAAAUAUAAAAUAGUGCUGAUCAAAUAGCUGUGAAGUGGGAUGAGAGCUUUGAGAAAGCGGUUUUUUUUUAAUGGGCUAUUGUCAAUACUUCAGAUCUGUACUGAUAUAUAAAUGAAUAAAGAAAAGCAUAAG